AGUUUCCAUAGCUUUCUAAGCAAUCGGGCGAGUUUCAAAGUGCGAUACUUGUCUCCAUAACUCGGCGACUCGGCGAUACUUCGAAUGGUAUAAGUAGUUUUAUCUUUCCGACAAGUCUAGUGAGAUAGGUGUCGGUGAAGCUGCACACACUCAUACAAACACGCAUAUACACCUUCUCUUUCAUCGAUCCCCGCAAUAGCAUUGUGAGGGAGCUUACAAUCAGUCACUGAGCUGUAUUAGCAAGGGUCUGUUCCUUGGCAGACGUCGAGUGCCAACGUGAGUAUAAGACUACCGCACACCCCGCCAUUUACUAGCUGCCCCUCCUUCCCUCCUCCCGCCUUUCGCUACGGUCCCUAACAGCUUCCGACACAGACGGAAGCCUCGCAUACCGGUAUACGAACACACACACCAACGAUGGCCGUCGACAAGAUCGCCCCCAACGACCCGCGCGUCGAGCGCAAGCAGGCCGAGGUCAGGGGCAAGACCUACUCCUACCUCUUCAGCAAGCCCGAGGGCGACGCCGCCCCCAAGGGCUCCGUCGUCCUCAUCCACGGCUUCCCCGACAUCUCGCUCGGCUGGCGCUACCAGAUCCCAAUGUUCCUCGCCCAGGGGUACCAGGUCAUCGUCCCGGACACCCUGGGCUACGGCCAGACGGCCUCCCCGGCCGAGCUCGAGGCCUUUUCCCUCAAGAGCAUGUCGGACGACAUCAAGGCGCUCUGCGACAGCAUCAUCCCGGGCGAGCAGAUCAUCCUCGGCGGCCACGACUGGGGCGGAGCGCUCGUCUGGCGCCUCGCCAUGUGGCACCCGUCCCUGAUCAAGGGCGUCUUCAGCGUCUGCACGCCCUACAACGCGCCCACGACGGCCUGGUUCGACCUCGCCGACGUCAUCGCCGCGGGCCGCCUGACCAACUUCAAGUACCAGCUCCAGCUGCGCAGUGAGGAGGUGCCCGAGAAGCUCACCAAGCCCGAGGACAUUCGUCAGUUCCUGCAGGGCAUCUACGGCGGCAAGGGCCCCGCCGGCGAGCUCGUCUUCAACACGGAGAGGGGCAUCAUCUGGGAGAACAUCGGCAAGAUCGGCCCCACGCCGCUGCUGUCCGAGGAGGAGAUUGCGUACUACGCCGACAACUUUAGCAAGUCGGGCAUGCGCGGCCCGACCAACUGGUACCGCACGCGCAAGAUCAACUACGACGAGGAGCUGCCGCUCGCGGAGGCGGCGGAGAAGAGCGGGGAGCCGUACAAGGUGACGCCGCCCAGCCUCUUCAUCUCGGCGACGAAGGACGCGGCGCUGCCGCCGGCCAUGGCGGCGGGCAUGGACAAGCACUUUGAGGACCUGUCGAGGGGCGAGGUGACGGCGACGCACUGGGCGUUGUGGGAGGCGCCCGAGGAGGUGAAUAAGCAGAUCAAGGCGUGGAUCGAGAGCAAGGUCGACAAGAAGCCGACGGCGUCGUUGUAAGAAAAGCCAAAAAAAGAAGAAGCGCGGGCUCUCGAAGGAGGGGGGGCCGCGCGAGGUUGGAUUUGACGUUAACGUUUAUAUUUAUGACAGGCAGGGAUGAACCACGGUUUCGGGAACGAUUAGUGAACGGCCAAUGUAGAAUGAAAUACACAAUUUGACCAAGCAAGGCUUGUGCGUUUAUUGACCCCUGAGGUCUCUUUUUUGCAGCUAUGACUAUCUGUACCUAGCACUGUUGUUAUCUUGAUUGGGACGAAGAAGUGAUGUCAGAUGUCGUGGGACUGUCUGUCUUGCUUGGCCCUCGUGAUUUAUAUUCCUAGCCACUACUGGGCUGUAACGACGGCCUGCCACCUGUUGUAUCCCGUCCCUGACCCGGCGCAUAUUGAGCCGCUUGCCGCAAUGUAAGUGGGCUUCUGGAUGGCGCAGAGUACAGGCCUCGUUGCCCGGCCUCAUCGUUGCAGCUCUUGGCCCCUACAGGCCGGCCGGCCUCCCAGCUUCUAGUCGGACGCAAGGUCCGCGUCGCGAGGGCAUCGUCUGGGGGUUUUCGACAAUAUCGGUUCGUUGUGAUGUAAGUGAUGUUAUGUUUCGUCUAUCUUCUGUCACCGUCUCACUUCAACGUAAACUUCUGUCCUGCGAUCGACGGAGCAGCACCCUUGACCUUCUUGUUCGGCUUCCCGCACGAGGCGCACGAGUCGGCUCGGUAGGCGCACGACUGGCAGAGGGAGUGGCCCUGAGAGACCUUUGUCUUGCACUUUGAGCAGGCGCUGGAGUAUUGGGCGUACGGGUUCUUGGCAGCUUUGGAGAGGAGCUUGCUCUUGCCGAUGCCGGUCGUGCCCAGCGUAGCGGACUUGGUGGCGGAGGAAGACGAGGACGAGGAGGAGCCGUGGUAGAUUUCGCUCUUCUUCUUGACGGAGGGCGUCGCGAGGGUCGUGGAGCCCUUGCCGAGCUUUUGGCACUUUGUGCAGACCAUUUUCGGGGAUGGGUUUAAAUUCGGUGGAUAGGUCUGUCGUCGGUUGGGUUGAAGUCGCAAUUGCUCAAGGUUGAUCUGAUGAUGGGUGAGGACUGGAAAGGCAGAGAGGGACGAGUGGCUGGUGUUGCUACCUCAGUGAUAAGCAUGAGAUAAGAUAUGAUAACAGGUGUGGCUGGAAAGGGCGGCAGCUGGAAGUGACGCAACGUCGCAGGGCGAGUCGUUGGUCGGUGCUGAAGACUGAAGUUUCCCCCGGUGGGUCCGUCCAGAUUCGUGUGGGUCCAGCACCGGGCCGGGCUGGGAUUGGAAUGUCUGCCCUGGAGAAUGAGUGGAUGACAUUGGACGUUCGGAUUGUCUGGACCUCUGACUCUGGGACCGUUGGCCCAGCACACGCGGUAGCCACAAUAGGGGGGGGGGGGGGACACUUUGCUGUCGAG